UUUCCAUCUAAAAAUAAAUGAAAUGUUGAAAACAUUUGAGUAAAAAACACCGCUUUAUUGGAUAAAUAUGGGAAAAUAUGGAGAGUGUUGAUGGUGGAUGAUGAAUGUCCUACAUCGGUGUAGGUUGUCUUCGAGCAAUGGAAAUUCAAGAUGAUCACCAUCAGGAAACCAUUAAACCAGGCCGGGGUCUCCAGCAUCUACCAGGAAAGGUCAACCAUUUCUUUGGGCCAUACCCCGGACCCCAGGUAGCUGCUGAGAUGUUUGGGCAAAUCCAUCCAAAAGACGGCAACCAUGGUUUUAUGAUGAACGGUCCCCAUGGUCACAUGACACAGCAAGUCGCGUUCGAUCCAUCUCAAGGUGCUCAGCAUGCAAACAUCCGUCAUGCAAUGAACAUGCAGCCAGGAACGUUUGUCCCUCAUAAUCGCCAGAAUGCGGCUAUGUUCUUGCAGGGGGCAUAUGGGCAAGGUCCAACCGGGAUUCACGUUGGUUAUCACAACCAACCACAUGUCAACCAAGGACAGCAAAAUUUUCAAUUUGCUAAUCACACCGGUCACAGUCCAAACCAGAUGACUCUAAACUUACAGCCUUGUCAUAAUUUUAGUUACGGUUGUGCUGUCGAGAAAAACCAAGGAACUGCGGGGAUUCCACCAAUACAAAACGUUUUUCAGAACAAUAUACCAACAGAAUUUAACCAAUUAUAUCAUAGGAAUCAACCCAAUGCAAGUUAUGUGCCAAAUCCUGUUGGAAACGCCCAAGGCUCUCAAAUUAUGCAGCAUCCCCCUCAUAAUCCUAAUAUUCCGGUAUCUGUCCAUAGUUCAUUUACUUUGCCAUAUACAGUUGCAUCGUCGGGCAUCCCCGCUUCCGCCAUGUUGAAUGUAAGUCAUGUGACUUCAUCUGUCCUCCCCACAACUGAUACCUCAAAAUCUGAAUGCGACGGUGAUAUCACCAGCCGAAAAAGUUCAGAGUCCUGUGAUCAGCAGAGUUCAGGAUACGGGAGUGGAUUGGAUAAUAAUUCCAGCGGUGAAGUCCAUGGUUCAUGUGGGAAUGACAGUUAUCCUCCUGCGGGUUGCGAUUCAUCUCGGACUAUGCCAUGUGCUAGUGUGACUGUGACAUCAGCUGGUGUCCCUUCUCAAAGUGGAUCAGUGUGCUCUGCUGAAUUUGUGAUAAGUUCGAAUGUUGCGGCAAUUCCUAAUCACGUAGCUGCAGUCGCGCUACAGUCUGGACCUGUGCACGCAGCGGUUGUCCCCUCUAGUAUUGGACUGCCUCAACAAAAUGAACAAGUUCUGCCCAUUCCUGGAUCUCAGCCCGUACGGACGUACCAGUUUGGAUCUGAAAUCCCUGCCAUUGAAUACACAACUGGAUUGGACUCGGAUGCUCAAUCGAAUAAAAUUGUUGCUGAGAUGGUUGCAGGGUUACAUGCGGAUCAUCAGUUAAGAACUUGUGCUACAACAUGUGCUGCUCUCUCUGUGAAUAUUCCAGUAUCAAUCCAAGUUGGGAUGCAGAAUAUACCCGGCAGUACGAAACCUAUGAACCCUCAUUAUAACAUAACAAAUCCGUAUGGUGGUUAUAAUAUAAACAACCCUACCAAUCGCCAAGCAGAGGCAAUACCGUACCAAAGUUUAUCGUGCCAAACUACCGUGACUGCUUCGACGUUUACAAAACCAUAUGUACCCCCGAGUACACAAUAUAAUAACAUUCAGAACCAGCAUUUUGUGAAUAACCCCCAACACUUUUCUGCCCAGCAGGGACUGCAAUUCCCUCACCAUCAAACUGCAAUGGUGAAUUUACAGAACUUGCCAAAUCCUAUCCAGAGUGGCCAACAAGCACACAUGUCACAUUCGGUUCAGCCUCCAUGUACAUGUUCCGCGCCACCUAUUGGCAGAGAUCCUAGUUGUAUGUAUUCGCAUCCUGUUGAGAAACCGCACCAAGCUUUGCCGCAGAUCUCGUCAAUCUUAUCAAAGAAUUUACCAAUGCCUUUGUCGCUGUCGGGUAUAUCCACGGGCUCCACCAUCAGUUGCGUCACAACCUCUGCCCCUGUUUCAACAACUGUAAUCUCAGUGUGCCAGAAUCCUGUUUGUUCUGCUAGCGUUACUCGCAACGCAGGUACUAAUGUACAGACAACAAAUACGAAAGUGACAACAAAAAAGGAGAUGUGUACUUCAUGUGUCUCCGCCUGUUCUUGUGCGACUGUGAUGACAGACUCUGUGGUGACUUCGGGUAGCGAUCGGUUACAUCUAAAUGUAAAACAGGAGGAUGUAUCUACGGAAAUGAUCAGUGUGCCAUUUGGAUGGAAGAGGGAGCAGGAGCAGGAGAGUAAUGCUGUUGUCUACUACAGCCCAAGCAAUACUAAACUUACCAACCAAGAAGAUAUCCGGGAAUAUCUCCAAGCUGAGGGGACAUGCAAGUGUGGUUUGGAAUGUCCUCUGGUUGUUGAAAAAGUGUUCAAUUUUGAUUCUGCCAUAUCAUCAAAGCCAUGGUCAAAUGACGAUGUUGUUACGACAACAGAACUGGGGACGAAGCUGUGUAAUCAUAAACGGAAGAUCCAGGCCAUGGCUACGCUACAUACGACAGCGUCUUUGCAGCGCUCGAUGGAGGAGACGGGAGGACCACAACAACGUAUGGAAAUGAAACUUAAAAAUAGAAAAGAUUCUAAGAAGAAGCAGAAGCUUAAAUCAAAAGCAAGUCCAUAUGACGGGGGCGUCCUCGUGUCCCAGCUUCUGGCGCAGCGAGACAAAAUGCAGGAAAUCAAACGUAAGAAAGAGGUUCCAGCAGAUAAAGUCGGCUCGAACUUCAAUCACGAUGGAUCGGCGUUAAAAACCAUGGACUAUCUUAUGCAACAGACUAAAGCAUUACAGCAACAAAUUAAAGACGUAAAUUCCGAAUGUGUGCCAGUUCAAGGUCAUAUUGGAGUGAUGGGUAUGGACUCUAUGCCGUGCCCUUCAGAUGGAAAAGACUUACAAGCUAAUUUGAUGUGCCAACCAGCGAAAUCUCCUUACAUGCCAUCACAGUUGAGUCCAGCAGGGCCAAUGGGUCAUAUGGGUCUCGCAUCGCAAAGACCUCCUCAUGUACAAUUUGCAAAUGUGCCGCCAGGUCAUGGCCAAGUACCAGGACAGUUUCAUAAUUUUCCGCGGAGCCCGGGAAUGCCUGGGUUCAUGGGAAAUUUCAGUAAUCGUGUACCAAAUCCGAACUUUCAGCAAAUGCAUCAGCAAGGGUUUGGAAGUCCGCCACAAGCAAUGCCAGGACAGUUUAGCCCUGUUGGUAUGGGCUCACCCCCUGGUGGUCACCCUAUGCACCAGCAGCAGAUGGCGAAUAUGUUCAUGAAUCGGCCCGUCAGUCCGUACUUUCAGCAACAGCAAAACGUGUCGAACGUUUUCUUCUCCGGUCAAAUGAACAAUCCAUUAGAAAUUAACCCGUUUAGUUAUUUCAAUAGCCAGUGGGAAGAAGAACCGAAAUUAAAAAAGAAAAAGAAAAAGGACAAAAGAAAAUAUAACAGUGUUCUAGAUAGGACGGAUCCGUGUCCAAACAUUGACGUUCGGCAAAUACCGUUGGAAAAUAUGAAGCAGAUGACGUCCGUCGAAAAUCCUGUCACAUUUUUCCAACAACAACUUGCGAUGUCACACAGACAACAUUCCACUAAGAACGCCCAGGAAAACUGCCAGCGACCAGCUAGCCCUUCACUGUCAAAUAAAAGUGCCACUCAUUCGGAUAAGGUUCCCUCUAGUCCUGCAUGUGGCAGCCAGAUGUCACCACGCUCUAAUAUCUCGAUGCCAAAAUGUACUGUUGCACCAGCAUCUGUGUGUACACCAGUGUCCAGUGUUACAGCAUUGUCGACAGUGGCAACGACAACUGUCACGACGGCCACGUCCGCCAUAAAAGUACAAAAUACUUUAAGUACGAGUCAAACCAGGACUGUAGCAUCUAGUCAGGCAUUGGACUUAACUAAAACCGGUGAUAAGCAAGUUAUAAAACCUGAAGCAGAGGAAAAAUCUCAUGAUAUCAGUACGAAUGCCCAUUCAAAGACUAGUACGGCUUCUUCACUAUCUCAGAACUCUUCAAAUGCCCAGUCGAGUGUGGGUGCAAAAUUCCUUUUGAAUUUAGGACAGGCGACGGGGGAAUUUCCUGCUAGUAAUCUUUUAUCGGCAGCUGCUAGAGCACAAACGGGCAUUAGCACGACAAGUCAGGCAAGCGUGCCGGCACAAGGACCGAGCCAGGUUGCUCUUGCCCAGUUUCCCAACCUCAUGCAGCAUCAGAAUUUCGGUAUGCUACAGGCACAGUUGCAGCAAUUACAGCAACAACAACAGUUGGCUAGUGCACUGAACUUAGAGCAGCUCAAACAGCUAGGAGCAGCUGCUGGGAACUUUGAACAGUUGAAACAGAUGGGUACUGGAGUGAAUAUUGAACAGUUGAAACAAAUAUUUGGUGGUGAUAUGAACAUGUUGCAAGCAUUUAUCCAGCAGCAGCAGCUGCAGAGUCUACUGGCUAUGCAGGGAGGAAUACCGUUCCAGUUGAAUUCACCAAACUCCCAGGCAUUGGUUCCAGGAUCGCAACAGUACCAGCAUCUGAUCAACGCGUUUCAGAGUCCCUUGAACGAGAAAGAGCAGACUCCAAUACAGAUGGUUCAAAACAUGAUCUCCGGUCUAGAAGCUACACAGAAUGCGUUGGACCAGUCUCUAACCGCAGGGAAAAGUCUACCUUCAGUACUGAUGCCGGAUAUACAAGUUGACCCAGGCGUUCAGAGUAGUUUAGCAAUACCCAGUUUGGCGCAAGACCGCCCAGAUGUCAGUGCAGUUCUGUCCAGUACAGCCAUGACAAAUCACAAUGAAUCUCAAGUGAAUAUGAGCACAAGUGGUGCAUUUUUAGGAUCGCCGACGAUCAAUAGCUCUAUGGUUGGGCUACCCAGCAGUUCAUCUGCCAGUAAUGUCAACUUGGGACUCCCCAUGGUGUCUAUGAACUCUUCAAUGCCACCAAUGACUGUCCCUGUGGUAACUGCUGUGACGAAUUCCCUGACGCAGGUCAUACCAGCAGUUGGGAUAUCGCAGUCUUUGCUACAACAACCCGUACUUCAAGUCAUCAACACACUUGGCUUAACAGCAGUUCAGGCCCCGAUGCUUAUUCCUAAUCAAUUGAAUCUUCUAAGCCCAGUCCUUGCAGACAACCAAACUAGUCCUGUCGCUGUGAUGAACCAACAACAGCUUGCGGCAGUCAUGCAGCAAGCGUUGGCAACCAGUAUGGCUGGACACGUCCCGACAACCCAAGUUAGCCAUGCAAGUGUUUCUACCUCGACACAGUCAGAGGACAGCAACCAAGCUGAACAGAUGGACAAUAGAACAUCGCCUGCUAAUUCUGGUCGGAGUUCACCUGUCAGUCAAGGAUCUCAGAGUAUCGCUUCUUCUCUUGGUCAGGUGACGGGACUCAACAAACUGAAACAGAAGAAGAACAGGAAGAGUUCUACACCGACGAUUGCUAACAUGCUACAGCUGCAGCAGUCAGCUGUUGCCACGUCUGCGUCGCAACUUCUCAUGGCACAGUCAAUGCAGAAUAUGGGGCCGUUGCUUCAAGUUGUCAAUCAGCAGCAGGAGGUGGCAGCAUCACAGGAUAAAACACUUACAGAUCCCGCCAAUCAACAGUUAUUGUAUAUUCCUGGCUCUGGGCUCAACCCCCAGAUGUUUAUUCAGGCACAUGGUUUGAGCCCUGUGGCAGAAAAUAAUGGCGGCGCGCUCAACCCACAACAGAUGGGUUUGUCACUCUCACAAGCUCAAGUUGGUUUAAAUCCCUCUCUGAACAUGUUGGCAGCUGCUGGGAUCAACCCUGCACUGAUCCAAGCCAUUCCAGUUCACCAACAUGUCCUACCGCAAUGGGCGAAUCUUCUUGGUCAGGCUGGGACUUCUGUCAGCCAGGAAACAACGAGUACAGUCUCAACGUCCGGAUCCGGCACUCAGACAGAGAGCUCGGCUCUUCAACCCCAGGGACAGGAGGCUGAAAGUCGUACAAACGCUUCCCAGACGUGUCCGCAGCGUGACCAGAGUUCUCCGUCGAUUGCUCGUGUAUUGCCACAAGAUGUAACGAAUGUUUCCUUACCCGUUGGCAGUAUUCCUACUCCUACUCAGACAAUUUCGCCGAUGUCAUUCCCGAAUUCAAAUCUACCUGUGAUGGUGAAUAAGUCAACAUCUGCCACUGGUGUAAUAUCUGCACAGCCUUCGCAGCAGACUGUGUCCAUGAUGAAACGGUCACCAAAAGGGUCGUCGCCUAAACGUCAUCGCUCAGGUGGGGAGAGAAGUCCAAGGGAUUCCAGGAGUCCAAAGGAUCUGUCGAGGAGUCCACGUGAGCCAAAAAGUCCACGGGACAGGAGUCCACGCGAAGCAGUAAAGUUUGGCACCUUGUACGGAAAGGAUGGCACAAGGGUUAAUAGAACACCGCCCCCCAUCAGGGUUAAGAUCAGUAAGACGCCAUCAGGGUUUGCCUCUACAAUCAUUACAACAAGCUCUGCCUUGAAUGCUAUCACGGCCUACACUGCGAGUCUCCCUACACCUAAAACCUUAACAGAAGCGGUGAAUGCAGUUGUACAGGGUAACUGCCUUGAAAGUCCCACCCAUGGACCAUUAAGUCCUGAACAGGAAAAGGACUUGGAAGCCAGGUGGAAAAAGAUCUCGGAGCCAAAAAAUGACUCUUUAGGGCAUCGUCUAAAUGCUGAUAAGUCACCACGUGCUGUCGCUCACUCAUCUCUGCCAUGGAAAACUUCAAACGCACCACAGUGUCGUCCUAGUGCAACGUGUCGAUACAAUUCUACUGAAAGAUCGUUAAAUCCAAUCUACUCUUCUGCUAACGCGACCUCCUGUGGUAUAGCGCAUACAAGUGUGUCGGCAUCAACGACGACAAAGUCUUCGGUCAGUUCAGUGAAUAGCCCGCAGCGGCCAAAAAUCUUAUCCAAACUUUUAGAAUCUGAUUCAGAUGAUGAACGCCCCAAUUGCCACAUGAGUUUAGCCAUGCUGGGCAUCACGGACACUGACGAAAGUGAAGAUGAGGAGUCAAUUGCGAUUCGUAAAGUUUCCGAGUCUGUAAUAAAUCGUUUGAAUAGCUGUGAUACGACCCCGUCGGAUAACGGGUCGGAUAAAUCUGACGUGGCACGUGACGGAUUAAAUUUGAAUGUGAUGCCGUUUGAAACGCGGCCAAACGUUACGCAGCGGCGCAAUUCAUUAUCGGAUAAUUGUAAUAAUAAUAUUCUCGUAAAAGACUCUUUGGUUGAGAACGAGGAGAGCCCUCGGGUGUUAGGAUCUCCAAGGCUGCUGGCCCUGCAGCGACAUCAUCGAGACGGACUCCUGCUCGGAUCAGGCGUAGAUGAAGUCGCCGAUCUUCGAGGAUUAAAACGGUCUAUGGAUGACAUGGACGACGAUGACAGGACUUUCAGCUUCAAUGACCAUGACGCAGAUGAUGCUUCAGAUGCCUCCGCCGUAGACUCACCGGUACCGUACUACCCUCGCAACUUUAACGUUGGUGACCUUGUCUGGGGGCAAAUCCGUGGCUUUCCGUCCUGGCCUGGCAAGUUAGUUGAUCAGACGGCUGUUAGAGGGGGACACAAAGCAGAGGAUGGAAAGAUGUGGGUGAAAUGGUUUGGUGACCACACCAUCACUCAGGUUGAGCCAGAAAAGCUAAAGACAUUAUCAGAAGGAUUGGAGGCGCAUCAUAGGGCCAGGAAGAAACACAGAAAGGGUCGCAAGAUGAAUUCGAAUCUUGAAGCAGCGAUACAAGAAGCAAUGAUGGAGUUAGACCGACAGGCGUCGCAGGACUUUGACGAGAAAAACGAGGCCAAGUUUCAACAAAAAGCGAAGAAAGCUAAGAAGAGAUGACCCAAGAUGAAAACGGGCGUCUCUGGCUGUGACACAGAUAUUCUCAUAUGAUAUGUUUAAUCAAAGUUAUGAAUGGAUGUUUUUUGUAAGAAAAAUUAAAAUAACUAUCAAAAUUGCUGUCCAUGAAAUGGACACAAUACGUAUUUAGAUUAGAGCCAUGCUCUUUGAGUGAAUUCACUGCUUCGGCUCUGUUGCCAGUCUUGGUUAUUGCUGCAAUUUCUGGUAAGGGUAGGGGGUGAAAAGUGGUGCUCUUACCUUGGGGAGCAAUUCAGUUUGCCACCCGUAGAUGGUUUAUUUUCUUUAAAGUGGGUAGUCGUGUCCACUUGUCCCAAAUGUUGAGCUACUCAAAAGUGCCAUAAGUAGUAUUUUUCCCGAAUCGGGAAAGGAAUUUUAACACUAACUCUUUGAGUCCUUUGUUCUUUACUGCUUUUGAAUUUGAUUGCAUGGGUCGAUGGGGUACUAGAAGCUUCUUUGCCUACCUUUUUUUAAAAAUCUCUUUUGCUUAUUUCUGAUGGGUGUUGAGUUUUGUUGAAUGUGUUCCAUAAUGAGGAUAGAAAACCAGUUUGUUUUGUUUUGACCAGGUCAUGUUGCAGUGCUACGAGUAGUAAUGCUAGUUUUACAAUAAAGUCUUUGUUAAAAAGAGUACUGAAUCGUAUUCUGAAUCACCCAUUUUCUGAGUGUUUGUUCUGCAGCACAGCUUUGAUGAGCUUUUACUACACCACAACAAAAUUUCUUUUGGAUAAAAUUUUCUCAUCUUAGUGGGCCUUCUAGCUUAUAACCAGUAUUAGAUAAGAAAUCUCCAGUUCUUGCCUGGACUUCUCUGAGAAAGGUACAGGGGCAGUCAUUUCCCAUUACUGUUAGAUAUAAAAAUAUUCAUGAAAAAAUACUCGAUCCUUUUCAUUGUGUUUGAAUCUUCUUAAUAUAUUUUGUUUUCAUUCAUUGGUUGAUCUCUUCAACUUGUUAAAUCUGGUAUGAUGUGGACGGGCGGGGAGGUACUGAGACAGAAAACCAUUUUUAGACACAGAUUCUUCUGCCAAACUUUGUACAAACAAAUAAUGGCUUUAAAGGCUCAGUAAGUCUGUUUACCGUGUUUAUCUUUGGCCCUGGUAGACUUAUCCGCUGUCCAUAGGUGGCAGCAGUGGUCAGCAGCUUAAAGAAGAGAACACAUACAUGUACAUGUGUAGUAAUUAAAAGGUAAUGUGUGCUGCAACCUUUGGACAUACUUUUACACAAGUAAUUUUAGCUGGGCCGUCAGUAAACAGUGUACCGGUACACAAAACACCUGGCCUGUUCAAAUUAAGCCUCCUUAUAUUGCGACUAAAACAUGCAUAAAUUUGUACAGAAUGCAAAUCGAUGUUGUGUCCGAAGAAGUUACAUAUUGCAUUUAUAGGUGGCACUACUUCAAGUCAUAAUCAUACUGGCCAGUCGGUGUCACAUUUUAAGUCGAUCUGAAAUAUUUGGGUUGUGGCAGAAAUUCAUGUUUUCUUAAGUACAUCAAAUGUACAAUGUUUCAGACGAUGGUAAACGAAGGUAAGUUGAAAGUUGUGGGUGUUUGAUUAUGCUAUAAAUUUGUAUAAAAGGAUCACGUUGCUAUAGUAUCAACUCCUACUACAUCUGAGGGCAGGGUUAGAGAGGUCAGUGCACAUCCUGAUCUGUUAUAACUAGAUAUAUAUUGGUGUUUAGAUGGCCCCUUUAACGUUGCCUUCAAAUGCGAGUUUUUGUACAUUUUAUUUAUAUUUUCUCCUCAUUGAGAAUUACGCUAUUAAAACCUGUACAUGUAAUAUAUUAUACUUGUACAUGUAAGAUAUACAGACGUUAUUAUGCUAGCUUGUACAUUUGCUUCUUCAUGUACAUGUAUGUUAAAUGGUGUAUAGAGAUUCGUCUUAUGUAUAAUCAUAUUAUAAUACUGGUAUAUCUAUAUAUAGAUGGACUUGAGUCUCAAGACUACUUGAUUUAGAAAGCAGUCGUUAUGACUUGAUGAUAACACUGUGGGAGUUUGCUAUGGAACUUUUUUGAUGAGAUUGUGCUCUGUAAAUCGAUCUAAAAAUUGUAGCCUCAGCGGUUGUGCAGGGUUAUUCUGAGGAAUACAAAUACAAGUACAACAAGAAGAAGAUUGAGUGUUGGGAUAAGUUGCCAAGCAUGCUAUGAACUGAGUCGUCUAUGGUGAAUUUUCAGGGGGCAGUGCUUCGAAGUCUCAGUGCAAACUCCCAAACCUGACUUUACCAGGUUGACAGUGUAUACAUUUUGUGUGUACAUAUUUUAAGCUUUAUGUGGCAACAAGCAUUUUUGCUGUAGAUAAUGGGCAUUUUUUUCAAAUGAAGCUCGAAUUAUAGCUUUUUGGAUUGCAGAGACUUUAUCUCACCUACCAAGGGACAGGGCUUUUUUGGCUAGAUUUCUUUGAAUUGCACUUUCUAUGAAAGUUAUCUCAUGAUUAUGGCCAUAAGCUUGCAAGCCAGGUAAAAACUGCUUUCCCUCAACUUGAUACAUCACUGCUUUUCAACUUCUCCUCGUAUUGGCCUGUUGCUGAAGGUCUGAUGUAGAGAUGAUGCAGUGAAAUACACAUGACGCCCCUAACUCACUUCUAGGGAUAGAUUGUAAGUAAUAUCAUCAGAACUGAUGAGGGAGUUUUUGAGGCUGAAAUAGACUUGUUUAUAAAUGUACUCAUUUGCCAAAGUUUUCACCUUAGUACAGAGAAAUAUAUUUUACCUGUAUUGCAUACCCUUGGCCAUAAUGAUGAGAAAAUUGUUCAUUCUCAUCAAGAAGGUUAGAAUUUUGUGGAAUUUUGUCAAAAGAUGUCCCAUUCUUGGCUGAUGAGAUAAUUAUCUUGUGUGAUACCUUGUAAGUGUGUGGUGUUGAGUACAGUACUUGAAGUAUAAAUAUUAUACAUAUGCUAAAAGCAACCUUGUAAAAUUGUCUUAACUUAUUAUAAAAACCUUGUGUUGUCUUUUGUAAUUUUGCAAUAUAGAUUGCAAAUUUUGUGUUUUGUUGUUGUAAACAGAAAAAUAUACUAAAUUACUAUGAUAAUGAUGAAGUUUGAAUCAUCCCGGCCAGAGCUAAAUUUUCUGUAUCAUUGCAUUGGAAUUUUUCAGGUGUUUUCACCCUUGUUAUCAUGAGGGCAUUUCCGUUUUGGACCUUGCAGGAUAUUGUAUGGUUUGAAAUUGCUUCUGACCUUCCAAAAAUCAUGCUAAUUGACUAAUCUGGGACUGGCAGAUGCUGGUGAGCACUUUAACUCUGAGCUAUUGCAUUUUCGACCAUUGAACUAUUCUAUAAACUCCGGAGCUGAUUUCUUAUUAACUAAACAUGAACCAAGACCAAUGUUUAGUUCCCAAAAAUCCAUACUUCGUUUUGGUUCUAGUUGCUUUUACAUCUGUCGGGGGCCGUCACACUGCAUACAUGUAGGUGGCAGCACUGGUAGUAUCUUCAUAGAAUUAGUCAAUGACUGACUGUUUGGUCAGUAUGUGGUUUAUUAACACAGAGUUGUAGUGGGAUUGCGUCAGAAAAUGUACACAGUCCUACUGGCUGUUUUUGGACACUGCAGGACACUAUAUUUGUAGCACUGCCUGCCCAGGAACUCCUGUAACUAACUAUACGUCAUAUGUAGUAGCCUGCAUUCUGUUGACAGAAGAAGUCCAAGUCUUUGCUGAGUUCAUUUUGGCAUACCCUGUAUCAACGGCCCUUGACAGUGUAAUGUGAGAAUGUCUAUUAGUAAAAAGUUUGUGGAUUCUAGAAAGAUGAUAUUUUAUUGUAAAUUGGUCUGUAGAAUAUAGAUGGGUAUAUUAUCAUGUUCAGCUGGGUAUAAAAUGUGUUGUCAAGAACAGGCCCCUAUCUGUACAUUUGCUUGUACAAUAAACACA